AUGACCACCAAGUCCGACUGCUGGCUAACAGAUACCCUCCGUGCAGUAAAUCUCAAUCACUUCCGCCUACUACGCGUUGUCGGCAAGGGCGCGUUCGGCAAAGUGCGCAUCGUGGAGCGGAAAGACACUGGCCUCACAUUCGCUUUGAAGUACAUACGGAAAGAUGAAGUGGUCCGGUCGGAAAGCGUGCGCAACAUCAUUCGAGAACGGCGGAUGCUGGAACAUCUAAAUCAUCCUUUCCUUUGCAAUCUGAGAUACAGCUUCCAGGAUAUUGAGUAUCUGUACAUCGUUGUAGACCUAAUGAACGGCGGAGACCUUCGAUUCCACAUCUCCAGAAAGACGUUUACCGAGGAGGCUGUACGGUUCUGGAUCGCCCAGCUGGGCUGCGCGCUCCGGUACAUACACAAGCAGGGGAUAGUGCACAGGGAUGUCAAGCCAGAUAAUGUGCUGCUGGAUUCGGACGGCCAUGUGCAUCUGGCGGACUUUAAUGUUGCGUCGGACUUCGUACCCUCGAAGCCCCUGACAAGCAAAUCGGGUACGCUGGCAUACUUGGCGCCGGAGGUCUAUGAAGGGAAGGGCUACUCCUGUGAGGUAGACUGGUGGUCACUGGGCGUGCUGUUCUACGAGUGCAUCUACAACAAGCGGCCCUUCGACGGAAACACACACGAGGCUCUAGCGGCGAAGAUUUCCAAGGGGGAGCCACAGUUUCCGGUUACGAGCCCGCCAGUGUCGAUGCCCUGCUUACACGCCAUCAGCUCGCUGCUAGAAAAGGACCGAUCACGGCGAAUAGGGGCAAUCGGCUUCGACACGUUCACAGACAACCCGUUCUUCCGCCCCAUAGACUUCGAAGCACUAGAGAGGAAAGAGAUAGAACCCAUUUUCAAACCAGCAAGCGACAAAACUAACUUCGACGCCACGUACGAUCUCGAGGAGCUGCUUCUCGAAGAAGCACCGCUCGAAGCCCGAGCGCGGCGGCAGAAGCCGAGGGAACAGCUAAAAGAUGACGCGACAGAGCAGGAGAUACGCGCCGAGGAACUCCACAAGAUGAUCGAGACCCUUUUCGAGCCCUUCAACUACACGAUAGUAGCGCCGGAGCGACCAGCCGCGAGCUCCACAAUCGCCAGCGCGACGACAUCCACAACAUCCAACUCCACGACAUCACAAGCAGAAUGGCACCGCCCCGGCUCCGCAAACCGAACAAUCACAGAAGAGACCCUCCGCGUGAGCACAGCGACGCACUCGCCAAACGGCUCGCCUCCCCUGCCCACCUCCACCCUCGCCGCGACAAACACCACCAGCACGAGCUCCUCCUCCAUCAACACCAUCCCAGGCCCAACCUCGCACCCUCCCCGCGACGCCCACGAGCAUUUCCCAACCCCACCAACGGCCACAAACCGCUCCGCCUCGCCGCAACAACCCCACCCCUCCGCAUCCACCAUCGCCUCCCUGCGCUCCGCCACCCCGCCCUCCUUCAGCCGCCCCAUCAACCGCCAGCGCGGCUCCACGCGCUCCACCUCCAUGGGCGGCGGCGUGCAGGUCGUGCUCAACGAGACGGGCAGUUGGUCCGAGAUGGCGAACCAGAGCAGCGCGAUGGUCACGCCGGGCCGGCGGGAUGGGGGGUUCCGCAGCGGGGAGGACGAGGAGGGAGGGAGGGGGAAGGGCGGAGAGGGCGGCAGGCCGAACGGCAUGCUUGGCUUCUUGAGUAGGAAGAGGGGAGGGAGGGGACAUAGUCCGAAGGCGAGAGAGCGGGGGGUGCUGGGGAAGGAGGGGGCGAGGGUGGUGAUUAGUAGUGGAUGA